UUUUAGAAAAUCAAAAUAUUGAUGAAUUAUUUAUUGUUCUAAUCAAUGAUUGUACUUUAUCAUCGGACUGUCUAUAAAUGAAUCCACUUUCCAAAGUAAAAGAUCCAAUGACCUUUUUUAUGAAGAAAAAUACAUAGAAUAUUAAACAAUGAAAAAAUUCACUUUAUCUUAUUUAGUCGAUAGUGAUUCAAAUAAAAGUGUGAACAGUUUAGCUAAUAUUUCCAAUUCAAAUAUUGAAAUGGAUUUGCCAAAAAUUACAGAAUUGCAUAUCAUUAUUAAAGAUUUAAAUAAACAGACAACGCUAAAAGUGAUUGGAGAUGCAAUUAUUUUAGAUAUUAAAAAGAAACUUUUAUUCACUCUUGGUGAUUUAUUAACUGAUUCACAAAAUAUGGGUUUACACCUACCUGAUGAACCAAGUCGUAAAGGGAAAUUCCUAGAAGAAGAGCGUCUUCUAUCGGAGUAUAUUAGUGGGAAAACGAUUAUCAGUUUAGAGUUUAUUUACAAACGUCGAACAAUUCCACCAUUUUAUAUGUCACCAACAUUAUUGAGUAAACUCUCGAAGAACUUCAUCAAAACAUUUUUUCGUUACGUAUCUCGUGGAGAAUGUCAAAAAGUAGAGAAAUUACUGUCUAAAGGAUUUGAUCCAAAUAUACACUGUCCAAAAACUGGAGGUAAAGUGCUGUUUUUUUGGUCAAACAAAAUGUUCUCCAUAACGUACCUUCAAAUUUUAGAAACUCCAUUGACUAUAGCUGUUACACGAUCAAAACCUCAUGAAAUGAUAUCAACAUUAAUCUCUGGUGGCGCACAUCGUGAUUUUUAUUCACUGGCUGGUUAUACACCAUUACAUAAAGCUGUAACCGUUGGAAAUUUUGAAGGGGUCAAGACAUUGCUGGACUUUGGGCAAUCACCGAAUUGCUUAGAUAGAUAUGGUUUGACUCCAUUGUAUUAUAAUAUACUUUAUGAUCCGGAUACGAAAAUAUGUCAUAGUUUACUGUAUGAACAUUCAAAAAUUGGCAUCAUUGAUAAAGAUGGCUUACAAGAAAUACAUCAGGCUACACGUUUAAAUCGUGUUGAACAAAUAAAUUUAUUAUUAAUGUAUGGAGCUGAUGUAAAUGCACGGUGUAAACGUCCAAAAGAAAUGAUUAAAAACAACUUAACUCUUUCUAUACGUCCACAGUCAGUUGAUGGUGAUACACCAUUACAUGUUGCAGCAAAUCAUAAUCAGCGUGCAGCUGUUUUACGUCUGUUAUCUUGGGGAGCUGAUCCAACCCUACUCAAUGCUGAAAAUAUGACACCUAUACAAGUAGCACAGAAUAGUGGAAAUUUAGAAUUAGCUGAUUUAAUUAAAUUAUUUAGAGGUAGAAAAGAAUCUGGUGAUAUAUUUCUUCCAACACCCACGUAUAAUCCCCAUAGACGUGUAAGACAACCUCCACCUAAUUCUUACAUUACUGAACCAUCCAUUUUGCAAACUUAUACUCCAAAUGAUAUAAAUGAAAGUCACCUAAGUUAUCAGCAAUUAAAUAGUACUAACAACAAUAAUAAUCAUUUAUUAAAAAACUCAAACAAAGAUUCAGCUGAUUUUAAUAUCACUGAAAAAAGUGCUACGUGUACAAGUUCAUAUAUGACAACAUCAUCAACUAGACCAAUCGAUUCCAAACCAAUACAACGUGCAGUUUCGUUAUGUGAAUUAGUUCAAUCAAAUCCAUCUGAUAUAGCAACAGGAUCAACAACAAAAUGGAAUGGUGCAUGGGAUUUAGGUCCAAAUGGAUUCUAUAGUCCGUGUUAUGAUGUGAAUGCUAUAUCAAAUCAGAUAUUUUGUGAAAUGCCUAAAUAUCAGAAUGGUACGAAUAUAGCAGGAACAUUAACACGGCCAGUGAAAUUAAAGCAAAAAUCUAAAGAAACAGAGGAUUACCGAUCAAUAACCUUAAAACUACUUUUUCAAUCCCUACUCUCAACUAAUAUCAUCGUCCUUAAGAUUAAUAGUUCUAUUUCAAGAAAAAAGAUUAAUGGUGCUGAUGUUACAAAAGCUUCUUUGAAUCAAGUAGUUGAUUUGUUGUCCAGUACAUCUGGAGAUAAAGUUUCAUUAACAUUACUUUCACCAAAAUGCAUGACACCUUCUGUAUUGAUCAAUAACAGUGAUAGUAUUCAUCGUACUAAUGAUGAAAAUGAUGGAGAUGGUUGCGUUGAGCAUUAUGUGAUUACAAGAAAAUCCAGCGAUGGCAAUUCAAUAAAUUUAAUUAAUAAAAUGAUUUUACCAACACAAUCUGUUAAAUGUAAUCAAACAGUGAGAAGUACAAAGCAAGCUAGACAUUCAACUAUUUCACCGACUUCAUCUGAGCGAAGUUCUGACAGAACAUAUAAAUCUUCACUGAACGAGAAUUCUUGUUUAACAGAUGAGGGUGUAUAUUGUCAGUCACUCUGUACCAGUUCGAACGUAUCCGGACGUAGUUCUUCAAGUAGCCGACUUAUUACAAAUUCAAAUCCAAUACAACAAUCUUAUAUGCCAAAUAACAAGCAACCAUCUGAUGCAUCAACUCAUAGAGUACGAUUUCAAGGAUUGCCACGAUCACAAACAACAAAUGGUAUUUCUGAUAUUUGUCACGAUAAAUCUGGAAAUUCCAUGAUCAAUUCAUUAUACUUUCCUCGCCAUCCAAGAUUUCAACGUGUUGGUUCAAAUGAAUCUCAGAACUCUUCACAUUCUCAAACUAAUUAUACACAAAUGCCUAGGCAACAAAAUAGUGAUUUACAUAUAGUUGAUGAAAGAUUACAUAAACAUUUUAGCAGUGAUUAUCCAGCCAGUGUAACACGUGGAAUCUCAACAAAGCAAUCACCUUUACUACGUUCAUAUUUUACACCGGAACAACAGAAUUUAUCCAUUAUAACAGGUAAACCAUCACAUCUCAUUAGACGACCGAUAUCAUUGAACCCGGAGACAAGAAAGAAAAGUAUCAAUUAUCUAUCGGACAAUGAAUCACCAUCUACGAUACAAACAUCAUUAACAACAACAACUACUACUACAGAAACAAUAAAUAAUACAAUUACAAGAACAUCGAUCAGAGAUGAAUCAAGAUUAUCAAUUAGAGGAAGUUCUCCGACCAAUUCAGAAUUUUUACUGCCACCACCUGCUGAAUUUUCUAAUUAAUUUAGUGCGAAUAUCUUUCUGUCAGCCUUUUCUUACAUAAUGCUUUUAAAAAAUCUGUCAAAUUUAUUACACACAAUUAAUAUAUAGGCACAUAUCAGCACAGUAUCUUAUGUAAGUCAUCAACACUGUUGUUGUUAUUGUUACUAUUGUAGUCAAUGUAGUCUUUAUUAAUAAUAUCCAUUAAAGAAUUAUUGUACAGCUGUGAUAAAAAUUUGAGUUUACUUAAUUCUUCAAAAUAACUUUAUUUAUUAGAUACCAUUAGUUGAUUGUUUAUUAAAUUUGAAAAAUGGACUGACUUCAAUAGAGCUUUUUCUUUUACAUUUGUAACCAAUUGACUAAAACAAAAUUUAAAUUUGUGAAUUAGUAAAUUUGUAGAUCAUAAGAUUCAAUAUUUAAAUAAAGCCAAUAAAAAUUGUUUUGCUAAAACACAAUCAGUUCCUUUCUUUUUGUUUUUGUUUUUCAUUCAUUUUUAAUGGAAAUUAAUUAACAUUUUUUUGACUUUCUUCAAAAUGCUCCACUGCUUAUUUAAAUCAAAUAGAGUCAUUAUCAUUUGUGAUAAUCUGACUAGAACAUAUACACUGAAUGUAUUAUUUCUGCAAAUAUAAUGUCAUGAUUAUUCACUCGAUUAUUCAAGAUUUGAGCUACGUAUUACCACAUUGUUGUUAGUUAUAACUUUAUUUGUCCAUUUCUUAUGCUCCAUUGUUUUGAUUCUAUUGACCUUUUCUGACAUUCGAUCGAUUUAUAUGUUUAUCUUUUUUUUUCUUUCUUCCUUCCAAGUAUUAUCUUCUUUUUUAAACACAUUAUCUUAGUGUAACAUCUCAUCUUUCAAAAUGUGAAUGAGCAAGCAUGUGUUUCGCUUUUCCCAGCCAGAUAUGACUUAUUUAUGCUCAACUUUUCCUUGUACGAUUUAUUUGUUUGUAUAAAAGUACAUUUUUCUUAAUAACACGUAUUGUGUAUUAUUUUUCAACAAGAAUCAUUGCCUAGUUUCUUUUGAAAUAUUUCUUCAAUACAUUUCGCUUUUAAUUUCAAAAUAAAUAUACUGCUUAUGGUAAAUACAUUAA